CCUCGCCUCGCCAAACUCGGGCUCGCGUGCCCCGGCGCUGCUAUGCCAGCCAUCCUGCUCUUCUGGAGCCGCGCGGAGAGGAACAAAUACUCAGCUCCAGGCAGCAUUGCUGUCAUGGGGAAGGACUAUUACAAGAUUUUGGGCAUCCAAUCCGGAGCCAAUGAGGAUGAAAUCAAGAAAGCGUAUCGGAAAAUGGCCCUAAAGUACCACCCCGAUAAGAACAAAGACCCCAACGCCGAGGAGAAAUUCAAGGAGAUUGCAGAGGCCUAUGAUGUGCUGAGUGACCCCAAGAAACGAGCUGUGUAUGACCAAUACGGGGAAGAAG